AACGUCAAUGUCAUAAAGUUAUGACUUCUGUCAGUUGAAGCUAAAAGGAAAGUUCACAAUUUAAAAAUAUUGAUGAGUUAAUUGUGUAAAAAAAUAUGAAAAGCUGCAUUUGUGUUAGAUAACAAAACAUGGAUAAAAAAGAAGGAAGCUUGUUUUACAAUUUAGAGAGUCUGCUACAACAGGACUACCGUGGAGUAAAUAUAGCGGUUUAUGCCCUCGCCACUGCAGGCUUGGCUAUAUCCAUACAUAAGAUCCGUCCGGUAAGCAAGUUUUCGAAAGCUGCAAAGGUUCCUGAUCACUUUAUACAGAGACAUGUGCCCCUUAAAGGUGUUUAUGUUGGGGUUCAGCAUUCUCCAGUUCGCCUUCUAAUCAACCAUAAAGCACCAAUUUAUCUUCCAUUAUGGCAUUCAAGCAAACCACCACUACCAGUUAAGCUAUGGGGAGUAGACAUUGUGAGUGGCAAUGCUGUCAACUGGCUGGACUGUGUUGCUAAAGGAAAGAAAGUCACAUUGAAACCUAUUGGCAGAGACAAAGAUGACUUGGUCUCCACUGUACUUUUGCAUUUACCACAAACUAAGACUAAAACAGUGGAGACUGUUGACAUUGGACAGAAACUAGUUGAGCUUGGUUUUGCGAAAGCCUCUGUGCCACAAGACAUUAAGAAGAAAACAAUAGAGUCUCUACUUGCACCGAAGAUUGUCUCGGCAGAACACCAUGCACGCUCAUUAAGAAAUGGAAUCUGGUCAGAAAGACUACCACCAAUUCCAGCAUACGUCACUUAUUGGCGGAAAGGAAGCCAACUAUCAAUCGAUUUGAUGAUUUUGUCUUUCAAGAAAAUAUUACAACUGCUAUGUUUUCUAUCUAGAAGUGCCUUAGUUGGAGGAAAAAAGUUAAUUCUUCUACCUUUUAAUAGGUCUACUCCAAAACGAAUACAAACAUGAUUCAUACUUAAUUAUUUAGUUAUAGGUACCAUCAAAUGCAAUAAAAUGUAUAGAACUUUUGGUCAUUCUCUGAUAUAUAUUUGUUGUUGAUAUAUCUUUUUUAUAAAGUACAUAAAAAAAUAAUUUUAAAGGUUAAUGUUG